UUUCUCUUUAUCUUUCUUUUUGACCACUUUUUUUUUCUUACAUUAUCUCAUGCUUCAUCUAUUCAAGAAGAAUACCUAUAAAGUGGUUCAACCUAUUACCACUCGUUUAUUGAUUGGUCGUAUUCGUCAUUAUUCUUCUACAGUAGCUGAAAUUCAAGAAAAAGAAGAUCCAAAUGCUGAUCACCAUGCUGUAGUCUCUACUUUUGAUUUAUUCUCUAUUGGUGUUGGUCCUUCUUCUUCUCAUACUGUGGGUCCUAUGCGUGCUGCUAAAUUUUUUAUCAAUGAUUUAAAAGAACAUCAAUUGUUAGAAAAAGUCGAUACUCUUCGUGUUGAUAUGUUUGGAUCAUUGGCAUUGACUGGUAAAGGUCAUGGAACUGAUAAUGCAAUCCUAAUGGGUAUUGAAGGAGAGACUCCUGAUAAGGUAGAAACAUCCACCAUUUUACCACGAAUCCGUGAUAUUCAUACCAACAAAUCCAUUCGUUUGGAUGGUACUCAUCGUAUCCAUUUUGAUCCUGAAAAACAUUUGAUUUUCAAUUAUUUCAAGACACUACCUCAACAUCCUAAUGGAAUGCGACUCUGUGCCUAUGAUAAGGAUACCAAUAUGAUUGCAACAAAUGAAUACUUCAGUAUUGGUGGUGGAUUCGUUGUGAAUGAAGCAACUCAAUUGGAUCAUGGUGAAAAUGUGUAUUACAAACAAGAAGACAAAGCUGACGACGUGGUGGCUGAAAGAAAAGAACAAGAUAUCGCUGUGGUCAGUUUACCCUUUAGAAAUGCUGAAGAAUUGAUUGCCGUUUGCAAACGAGAAAAUAUGACUAUUGCUCAAGUAGUUUAUGAAAAUGAACUCAAGUGGUCUACUCCUGCCGAAAUCAGAGAAAAGUUAUUACGUAUUUGGAAUACCAUGGAUGAUUCUAUUCGUAAUGGUGUGAUGGCGAGUACUGAAGAACGAUUACCUGGUGGAUUGAAUGUACGACGUCGUGCUCCCGGAUUGUACCAGAAAUUAUUGAAAGGUUUGUAUGGUCCUGUACCUACCAAGACAACUUAUCAAGGCUCUCAAAUUGCUCUUCCUACUUCUGAACCUGUGGUUGCUGAAAACUUUGGUCAUCAUGAUAAGAAAUCUUCUCCUCUUUCGUUAUCUGUGUUACCCAAGCGUCAACGGAAAAAGUUCUUUUUACCAGCUUUGGAUUAUCUUUCAGUCUAUGCUAUUGCUGUCAAUGAAGAAAAUGCUGCAGGUAACCGUAUUGUUACAGCCCCAACAAAUGGUGCAGCUGGCACGAUUCCCUCUGUUUUGAAAUACUAUAUGGAAUUCAUCUCUGAAGAUCCUGAACAUGAUGUUAUGGAAUUCUUGCUUACUACUGCUGCCAUUGGCAUGUUAUUCAAACGUGGUGCUUCUAUCUCUGCUGCGGAAGUUGGAUGUCAAGGUGAAGUGGGUGUUGCUUGUUCUAUGGCAGCUGGUGGAUUUGCUGCUGUAUUGGGUGGAACUGUAGAACAAGUAGAAAAUGCUGCUGAAAUUGGAAUGGAACACAAUUUGGGUCUGACAUGUGAUCCUGUCAAUGGUCUAGUUCAAGUUCCUUGUAUUGAACGAAAUGCUCUUGCUGCUGUUAAGGCUGUAGCGGCUGCGCAAUUGGCUCUUAAUGGUGAAGGUGAUCAUCGUGUCUCUUUGGAUCAAGUUAUUGAAACUAUGCGUCAAACUGGUUUGGAUAUGAUGUCCAAGUAUAAGGAAACUAGUCAAGGUGGUCUCGCCGUCAAUGUACCUUUGUGUUAAACGUAGUCUUUUAUUUAUUCAUAUAUUAUAUACUGUAUUUUUAUCAUUCUUCUCCUUUCCAUAUAGCAUUAGUAUCUUUUUAAAGGCAGUUUUCAUUCCAUUUUUUUUUUUUUUGUAAUUGCCGUGUCUUGCCGAAAUUUUUCCGUG